CCGCCCGCGCGGCAGGAGCGAGGAGCAGCAGCGCGGCGCGGCGGCCCCGGGACCGAGGAGGGACGCCAUGGAGCUUCGGGAAGAGGCCUGGUCACCGGGGCCACUGGACUCUGAGGACCAGCAGAUGGCCAGCCACGAGAACCCAGUGGACAUCCUGAUCAUGGACGACGACGACGUGCCCAGCUGGCCCCCCGGCAAGCUGGCCCCGCCCGCGUCGGCGCCCCCGGCCGGCCCCCCGCCGCGGCCGCGGCCGCCCGCGCCCUACAUCUGCAACGAGUGCGGCAAGAGCUUCAGCCACUGGUCCAAGCUGACGCGGCACCAGCGCACGCACACGGGCGAGCGGCCGAACGCCUGCGCCGACUGCGGCAAGACCUUCUCGCAGAGCUCGCACCUGGUGCAGCACCGGCGCAUCCACACGGGCGAGAAGCCCUACGCCUGCUCCGAGUGCGGCAAGCGCUUCAGCUGGAGCUCCAACCUCAUGCAGCACCAGCGCAUCCACACGGGCGAGACCUACGCCUGCCCCGACUGCGGCCGCAGCUUCACGCAGAGCAAGAGCCUGGCCAAGCACCGGCGCUCGCACAGCGGCCUCAAGCCCUUCGUGUGCCCGCGCUGCGGCCGCGGCUUCAGCCAGCCCAAGAGCCUCGCGCGCCACCUGCGCCUGCACCCCGAGCUGGCGGGGCCCGGCGUGGCGGCCAAGGUGCUGGCGGCCAGCGUGCGCCGCGCCAAGGCGCCCGAGGCGGCGGCGGCGGCGGACGGGGAGCUGGCCAUCCCGGUGGGCGACGGCGAGGGCAUCAUCGUGGUGGGCGCGCCGGGCGAGGGCGCCGCGGCGGGCGCGGGCGCGGGCGGCGCGGGGGCCAGGGCGCCGGGGCCCCGCUCGCGGCGCGCGCCGGCGCCCAAGCCCUACGUGUGCCUGGAGUGCGGCAAGGGCUUCGGGCUGGCGGCCGGGCUGCUGGCGCACCAGCGGGCGCAGCACGGGGACGCGCCGGGGCCGGGCGCGGCGGGCGCGGAGGAGCCGGCCCACAUCUGCGUGGAGUGCGGCGAGGGCUUCGUGCAGGGCGCCGCGCUGCGCCGGCACAAGCGCGUGCACGCCGUGGGCGCGCCCUCGGUCUGCAGCCGCUGCGGACAGAGCUACUACCCCGCGGGCGGCGGCCGCGACGGGGCCGGGGCCGGGGCCGAGGCCGAGGCCGGCGGCCGCUGCGGCGAGUGCCGGGGCGGGGAGGCCCGGUAG